AUGACCUUGUCUGGCCCGGAAACAGCCGGCAUAAUCAUAGUAAUCAUCGUCAUUCUACUUCUUUGCUUGGGAGCCUUCUACUCUACCAAGCAUAUCCGCCAGCAGAACACACUCCCGGAUGCAACGGAUCCACCUUUACGCACAGACUCAGGCCGUCCAUCACUCUCCUCUUUACUACGACUCAAGGCAACCAACAAGCGCACUGAAAUAUCAGACCUAGAGCAUCAUAUACGUUAUCCAAGCCUAGAACAUGGACCUGGCCCAACUCUCACCACAUUGGCUGAUCCCGAAACACCGGCGAUCGGUACCAUCAGAGCAGUGACAGCUACACCUACGGCGUCUCCAUCGAGUACUAGAGUGAAGCCGCCUGACAGUGUGUCAUCGAAUGACAGGAGUAGUUUACAUCGAGCGGUGUUGGAUGUGGGUACAGAAGACGACCAACAGAAUGACGAUGCGUCGAAGAAACCUGAUGAUGUUGCAACAACGGCCAAGGAGUUGAAGCAUAGCCUCGUGGGCAGGGCAUACACCGGAGCUUGGCCUUUGCGCGAUGUCCAUGGUGCCUCUGGGAGGCGAUGA